CGCUCCAGGCGGCCCGGGGCGCCGACGCGGCCGCCCGCGCCUUCUUCGUCUUCGGCGACUCCCUCGUCGACAACGGCAACAACAACUACCUGCUCACGGAGGCGCGCGCCGACUCGCCGCCCUACGGCAUCGACACGCCCGACCACCGCGCCACGGGCCGGUUCAGCAACGGCAAGAACGUGCCGGACAUCAUCAGUGAGCACCUCGGCGCGGAGCCCGUGCUGCCGUACCUGAGCCCGGAGCUCGACGGCGACAAGAUGCUCGUCGGCGCCAACUUCGCGUCCGCCGGCGUCGGCAUCCUCAACGACACCGGAAUCCAGUUCGCCAACAUCAUCCAUAUCUCCAAGCAGCUGCGCUACUUCGAGCAGUACCAGAGGCGCCUGGCCGCGCUGAUCGGCCCGGAGGCGGCGUCCCGCGUGGUGCGCGGCGCGCUGGUGCUCAUCACGCUGGGCGGCAACGACUUCGUGAACAACUACUACCUGGUGCCCUACUCGGCGCGGUCGCGGGAGUUCUCGCUGCCGGACUACGUCACCUACCUGCUGUCGGAGUACGCGCAGGUGCUGGACCGCCUCUACGACCUCGGCGCGCGGCGGGUGCUGGUGCAGGGGGUGGGGCCCAUCGGCUGCGUCCCCGCGGAGCUGGCGCUGCACAGCCUCGACGGCACCUGCGACGCCGAGCUGCAGCGCGCCGCCGAGAUGUACAACCCGCGGCUCAUGGCGCUGCUGGAGGAGCUCAACGCGCGCCACGGCGGCGGCGACCCCGUGUUCGUCGGCGUCAACAUGCAGCGCAUCCACAACGACUUCAUCGACGACCCCAAGGCGUACGGCUUCCAGACCGCCACCGACGCGUGCUGCGGCCAGGGCCGCUUCAACGGCAUGGGGCUCUGCACCAUGGUGUCCAGCCUCUGCGCCGACCGCGACACCUACGUGUUCUGGGACGCCUUCCACCCCACGGAGCGCGCCAACCGCCUCAUCGUGCAGCAGUUCAUGUCCGGCUCCACCGACUACAUCACGCCCAUGAACCUCAGCACCGUCCUCGCCGUCGACCUCCAGAAGCAGCAGCUGCGUACGUGACGUGAUGUCGUCAUCCGCUUCAUCAGCUGCCUGAUCAGCUUCGUGCGUCGCCAUUGCCACAUCGUCAGAUCAGUUUCGUAUGCGUGUGUAGUGAGAGUACCUAGCUAGUGCAUCAUGUGCCAUCAGUUUCCGGAUGUGGUUUUCUGCAGGGUUUCGUUCGUUCGUUCGUGUGUGUGCUGCAGUGCAGGUGUUUAAUUGUGUGAUAGUGACGACCGUAUCCUGUCAAUUGUCAUAUAGCAGGACAGCUUCUUGUAAUAAUUUAUAUAAAUUUUCAGGCGAUUCAUAAUUUCU